GCGCGCGCCAGUCCGGCUCUCGACGCCUACCUCGCUCGCUGGCCGCUGCUCAGGGAACCUGCCGUUUCCCGCGAAAAUGUAGCUGUGCUCGCGAUGCGCACUCGUGAAUCGCCGUGGCGAACGCGUGGACAGUUGGAGUCGCCGACGACGGUGAGUUGCUGCGCGGCCGACGGCGCUUACGUUCGAAUAAAUAGCGGACCAGCUGGCACCGGCGGUACGUCGGGGGCCAUCGGUCGAGAGCUCGAUUUGCUCGAGUGCAGUCGCUCGCGGCAGCCGGCCGAAUUCCAUAAACAAAGACUCAGCGCGCAGCAGGACUCGAUCGAAGCCGACUUGGAGUUGCGCAACGCCUCGGCGCUCGGCGUAUCGCCGCCUGGGCGAGUGCCUUGCUGCAGGAGAGCCGCCUGAACGAGCGAUGAGCGCGAGCGAGCGCCCGAGGAGAGCGGCGGCUACGUCAGAGCGAGCGGGUCCCGACGAGGAAGAAAUCCGCUGAGAGUUCUUGCAGACUAAAGCUGACGGAAAUCGGAUCGUCGGAGCAGACGCUGCCGCAGGUUGAUCCCGCGCGAGACUUGUUGGGCGUUCCAGGAGAGCGCAUCCUCCGCUCGCAGCGAACACGGCACGGCCGUAUGUCCAGCCUUGGUGAGCGAACCGAGGCUGCUGCUGCUGCUGGACGCGACGGAGCUGGAGUCAUCAGCGGAAGCAGAGAACAUGUCGUUCGGCAAGGACAGCAUAGUCCUGGAUCUCAGCGGCCUCGACGAUGCCGCGGAAAAGGCGAGAUUGGACUUACCCACAGCCGAGGCCGUGCACCGCGCGGAGCCGGCCAUCGUGAAGAAAGUUGCGGCUGGCCUUAAGUCGAGCGCAAGCGGCAAGGUACCAAAUGGAAAAUGCCAAGAGAUGGGCUCGCUCUCGAGCGGCAGCUCGAUCGCGACCAUUUGCUCGGCCGCCAACUCCGAGCCCGACUCGCCCUCGAGCGAGCCUCCCGGCAAGCGCCGCGACCCCGAGGACCCACCCAAGAAGAAGAGGAAGAGCCGACUCAUCACCGACGAGACCUGGUACCACACCGGAUUGCAGAUCUCCGUGCCGUUCUUCAUCGCGGGAAUCGGGACCAUCGGCGCCGGUCUCGUUCUCGCCAAGGUCAAGGACUGGCCGGUAUUCGAGGAGGUGUCCCAAAUCUUCAUCCUCGUGCCAGCCCUUCUGGGUCUGAAGGGCAAUCUGGACAUGUGCCUGGCAUCCCGGCUGAGCACCCAGGCGAACCUCGGCAACAUGAAGACCUACCGCGAGAUCUGCAAAAUGAUAAUCGGCAACAUCGCCCUGGUGCAGGUCCAAGCGAUCGUCGCGGCCACCCUCGUGGCGUUCUUCGCCACCGCGGUCGGCGCCGCCAUGGACGGGCAGUUCUCCUGGAACAGCAUGCUCCUGUUGAUGGCCUCGAGUAUCUGCACCGCCACCAGCUCCUGCUUCAUUCUGGACUUCGCCAUGAUCGCGGUGAUUAUGGGCGCGCAUCGGACGAAGAUGAAUCCGGACAAUCUGGCGACCCCGCUGGCCGCGUCUAUCGGCGACGUGGUGUCGGUGAGCGUGCUGUCGGCGAUCGCCUCGCAGCUCUACCUCUAUCUGGCCAACGACAUCUGGAUCCUGUACGCGAUAGUGGUCGCCUACCUCGUCCUGCUGCCCAUCUGGAUUUGCAUCGUGCUGAAGAACAAAUACACGAGGAACGUGCUGACUUCCGGCUGGACGCCGGUUAUAACUGCCCUCUUCAUCAGCGGGCUAGGUGGUCUGAUCUUGGAUCAAGCGAUCGACCGGCUCAACGGAUUCGUCAUCUUCCAGCCGAUCAUCAACGGGAUCGGCGGUAAUCUGGUCUCCGUUCAAGCGUCCAGAAUCUCGACGAUGCUGCAUCAGUCGACGCUCAUCGGUAUCCUGCCUCCGUGGACCAGAACCUGGGUCUCGCCGUGGACGGCGCUCUUCCGCGGGGAGCCGUCCGCGAAUACGGCGCGACUUCUAAUCGCCAUGUCGAUUCCCGGGCACGUGGCAUUUUCCUUCGCAGCCGAUUACAUACAAUGGGGCCGCUCGACGAUACACAUUUACUUUAUGCUAUCUUAUUUGACUGUCGCCGUCCUGCAGGUGAUGCUGCUGCUCUACGUCGCGCACAUUAUGAUCCACGUGAUGUGGAAAUACAAGAUCGAUCCUGACAACUCGGCCAUCCCUUACCUUACCGCUUUGGGAGACCUCAGCGGAUCAAUGCUACUGGCCGUUGCUUUCAUCUUUCUCCAGCAGAUCAAUCGCGAGUACAAGAGUUAGCGCGCCGCUUAUCGUCGUUUAUCAUUGUUUUGUCCCAAAAUACUCGAAAUGUAUAAAGAUUUUCGAAUAGCUUGAAUUUUAUUUUCUCCCUAUCGUUACAAAGAGAUCUAUAUUUGGAAAUACUAAUUGAUGCACGAGUAAUUUCUGUGAUAAAUAUGGCCUUCAAUUGGUAAUCAACUUUUUGUACGUUACGAGUAUUUCUUCGGUGUUCGCACUUGUCCACUUUUUGUUAUUAUUUAAGACAAUCAAUCGUUCGAUGUAAAAAGUCAGUUAUUGUUUUAAGAGAAGUUAAAUUACCUGCAACGUCAAGUACAAUGUUCAAGACACACUUAAUAUUUACAGAUAUUUUAUGGAGCUUACAGUAGUACUUUAAUUAAUCCUUUACUUUACUAGAUCUCGUUGUUGUAAAACAGUUUUAAUACUAGCCAUAUUAUUUUUUUAUCUGUAAAUACACAUUAAGAUAAUUCUUUGGUUAUUUUAAACGUACACUGACACGACUUACUAUUUUAUGCAAGACAAAGGGUCAGUCGGAGACAAUAAAACCUGUACGUUACAGAGCUGUUAUUGCAUUUUAAAGUAGUCGGGAAAGUACAAGUAAGCUUGUUCUUGCGACAAUGCACCAUUGUAAUAUAUAUAAUUAUAAUAUAAUAGUAGAGUUUGAGAUAUAAACGAUCGUGUCUACUUCAAUUUGAUGAACUAUGACGACGCUGUAGCGUAAAGAUUAUCAGUGUAUCGUUAACGGCGGUAUCGAUUGUAACUACAAAAAAUAUAUAAUGAACAUAAAGUCUCUUCUUGCUAACGUAACUUCCAGGCAUAACAAGAGAAAAAGUUGAAGGUCACUUUGCAAUUACGUAAUCCUCGUUCGCCGUUCGCUCGGGAUAAUGUUCGCAUUGAUAAUCGAUUGUUACUGUAGAAGCUGAGGUAAUCGAAAAGGUGUCAGUGUACACGAUAGUUAGCAACGCACAUAGGUCAUUUUCACGUUAUUGUUUCAAGCUUGCGAACGCGCAGGCCUUUCGGUUAUUAAGGAUACCUAGCCACGAGCAUCGAGCACCUGUCACUCCGGCAAUCUUGUUACUGAACAAUUAUGUUGAACAAAUGAAAGGUCAUGGAUACGCGAUAUACAUAUUCGCCUGUGGACCAGUAUUACAGUGAAAUACACUUACGUUAUGCGUAUAUUCUUGUAGCUCGCCUCAGCGAUUGUAAUAUUGAAAAAUAAAGGAAAAAUAUUCCGAAGAGUA